AUGUCAGCGGAGAAUAUCUGGAACCACCUGAAAGCUGGAGACGUCUGGCUCUGUCAUCAAACCGUUGGCGUGCAGCGUGGCCACUGGUGGGCUUUAAUGGUGGAGUCCGACAACGACAUGGUCCUUGCUGAUGCAGAGGCCGACCCCAAGAUGCUCCGCAUUGCUGUCUCGCACAUGCGGACCAUAUGUGAGGCACACCCAGGCGCUACCUUCUUCGUGCUUGUCUCUCCAGAGAACGCUGAGCCGCGCAUGCACGGCGAGGUGUAUCAUCUUCGUGGAGGAGGAGGUCCUGGCAAGAUGCACAGAAAGCGACCUGCCAGUGCUACGCCGCUACCUCACCAGGCAGUUUCGACUCCGUUGCGUACAAUCGCCGCGACCAGGACGACCUGUGUGGAGUGCGGCGCUGCCCUACAGCCGUGGCGAGCGCUGGACUGUCGAGUCUAUGGUCUUCACGGAUGCUACGCGGCAAAGCACAUGACGCACCGCUGCAUGACCGCCUUCAGCCGCGACUUCCUCGAGUACCAUGGCACCCUGCAACUCAGAGGAUGCCUGAGCAUCCACGCCAUCGGCUUCGCUCAGAAAGAAGCUUUGUGGAAAGACGACAACACCCAUGCCCGAUGGCGGCAUGAGUAUUCCGCGGCCCAGCUCUACUACAAUGUGCUGACGGCUGCAGAGAAAAUGUGGUCAGUCUUGAAGCCGCAGGCUCGCUUCCAGAAGCUCCUGGAGAUCGACCUGGAGAAGCCGCUCGGCAAUGACUUCGUUGACGCCUAUACCACAACUGCAAUCCACGAGGUUGUCCUGGAUGGCCAUGAGAAGGUUUCGAGCGUUUGCUAUGACAACUUCCCCAAGCACGGUGGUCGCCCGAAAGCAGAUGGCGCAGCAAAGCGCCGUACGAACGGCUGGUUUAUGGCGGUGCAUCCAGGCAAAGGUCUCAUAGUCGGCCUGCGCGAAAUGUACCACCCGGAAAACAAUGCCGUCGCAGUGCAAGUUAUGGUGGAGGUUACGGCAGAGAUCCACACGGUGAACUGCAUCGUGUACGAUCGGAUGUGCUCAUGUUUGCAGGCCGCAAGGAGCUCCACCUCUCUGUUAAUGGUCAAAUACUGGUGCAUCGACAAAUUCCACGCUACUGGCCAUGGCACCAACUGCCCCUGCUCGUCAUUGGUGCACACGCGGCUGGAGCGCAGACUCGCCAAGGUUAACACCUCUAUCGCCGAGCAAACUUUCGCUUGGUUCCGGGGCUACGCAGGGACAUUCAACACGAUGUCGAGAGAGACCCACUACUACGUGCAGAAGCAUAACGACCUCGUCAUGCGGCAGCACAUUGGACACCUGAAUCCCUGGAGCAAGGGCCGGC